AAAUCAUCCUAAGGUGCAUAAUAAAAAAAAACACUAGCACAAUAGCACCUUUGUAAAAUAGGAAAAAUAGUAGGCAAUGAUAGGUGAAAAAAAAAUAUCUUUCAUAAUUGAUCGAAAUUCCAUCAUUUCCCUUCAUCCCAAGUUUCAGUUGGAUUGGUUGGGAAUGUGGGUGCUAAGUAUUAUCAGGAAGACAGGCAGGCAACUAGACACACGUAAACUACACACACAUACACACACUAGAUCAUUUCUGUGUGGUGGUCAUACAAUUGAUUACAAAAUAAAUUCCAUUUAAAUUUGUUUCAAUUGUGAAGACAAGAUAAGCAACCGAGUAUCAACCGGUUCACAUAAACACACACACAUCUUUCUUCUAAUUUUUAAAAAUAACUUUCUUCAUCUUUCUCAAGUGAACUUUUCUUGUUGUUGUUGCUCUUCUCUGGAUCGUAACUUUUAUUAAAGAAAACUCAAAAGAUGGAUGGAAUUAAAAAGAAAAUGAUUGCGAUGAAGUUGGAGAAAGAGAAUGCCAUGGAAAGAGCUGUUCAAUAUGAAGAACUACUUAAAAAGAAAGAAGAAGAACGUGAAAAAAAGGAAAGUGAAAUUGCUGAACUCAACACUAAAAUGAAACAAGCUCAAAUUGAAUGUGAUGGAAUACAAGAAACCCUACAAGAACAGAUGAAUAAACUAGAAGAGACUGAUAAACGUGCAACAAAUGCUGAAGCUGAGGUUGCUGCAAUGACAAGAAGAAUUCGUUUGCUGGAAGAAGAUUUGGAAGUUUCUUCAAGCCGACUUACUGAAACUCUGGCUAAAUUGGAAGAAGCCAGCAAAACUGCAGAAGAGAGUGAACGUGGACGGAAAGAUCUUGAGAUCCGUUCUAUUGCUGAUGACGAACGUCUAAGUCAAUUAGAAGACCAACAAAAGGAAGCCAAGUAUAUCGCCGAAGAUGCAGACCGUAAAUAUGAUGAAGCUGCACGUAAAUUAGCUAUCGCCGAGGUUGAUUUCGAACGGGCUGAAGCACGUCUUGAGGCUGCAGAAAGCAAAAUAGUAGAACUUGAAGAGGAAUUACGUGUUGUCGGUAAUAAUAUGAAAGCUCUUGAAAUCUCUGAACAAGAGUCAGCCCAAAGAGAAGAAAGUUAUGAAGAAACUAUCCGAGAUUUGACUGAACGAUUAAAGGCUGCUGAACAAAGAGCUGCUGAAGCUGAACGUCAAGUCUCCAAAUUACAAAAUGAGGUUGAUCAUUUGGAAGAUGAUCUAUUGGCUGAGAAAGAAAGAUACAAAGCACUCAGUGGUGAAUUGGAUCAAACAUUCGCUGAACUUACUGGUUAUUAAUCUGAAAGUCGAGAAAGGAUACCUUACCACUUGCCUAUAUUCUCGAUACAAACACAGAGACUAUAUAACAACAUUCUUAUCACUCACACUAUCCUGUCAAAAUUAACUUUGUUAUUAUAAUUAAACAUAUAAAAAAACCUUAUGUUUCUUUAAACUUAUUAGUACUCUAGAGAGUACUGGUAAAUCUCCGUAUGUUAUUACAAUUUCAUUUAACUACCUUCCUUUCAAUCAUGCUUGUGCUAUAUCUAUCUAUCUAUCAAUCUAUCUAUCUACCCGAUAUCCCUUACCCUUACAAAAAUUUGUAGGCGUUUAUAGCAAGCAGCCUAAAUGAUUGAUGGUUCUAUACAUUUAAAGUAUGAAUAAAUAAAUAAAUAAUGCCCGUGUUAAAAAAAAUCCAUCUUCUCUUUUCCUUAUUAUUAUAAUUCAAAGUAUUCUCCUUAUGUAUUUCGUUCAUUUGGUCCCCUUGACAAGUUUUGAUAAAGAAAGAGCAGAUUUGUAGUUUAAAAUGUGACAUCAUCAUUCUAUUUCACAGGUUCUCA